AUGACAUUAAUAUACCCUUCUACUAAAAAUUUAUAUGAAGAAAAACUGAUCCGAAAUAUACAAGCAAACAAACCAAUUGUAAUUAAAACAUUAAUUUCCUCUCGAACAUCGUUAAAAUGUUGGUAUAAAUGUUAUAACACAUGGUGUUCUAACAAAUUUAUUGUCCCCUCUGUUGCCCUUUUACAGUCACAGUAUAUUGUAGCCAUUCCUAAUUCUCCUCUGUUACAAGACAAUGGGAUCAUUGAAUGUGUUGUGGUAACCAUAUUUGAUAACACGUCAUUUGCCAUUCCCCAGCUAAACUAUUCCAAAGAAAAUGUACCAAGACUACAUCAAACGACAGUUUCUGCUUUCAAUUUUGAGCAAAAAGGACCAGUUUUUAUUACAGCUAGUCACGUGAUUUCUGUUCAGUGUUACCGAAGAAAUGGCAGCGAUUAUUUCAUACUAAGUCUUUUACCUGCAGAAGGAAUGGAAUAUAGUCUUACGAAGUCGGAAAAAUUUAAUGAAGAAUUAUUUAUUAUGGCCACAGAUGAUAAUACCGUUUUGAAUGUUACCAGCAUGGAUUCAGAACGUUACACUAAACAUUUUUUACUUAAAACAGGAGGAAAGUUAACGCGUUUUGAGUGGAGUAAUACAAACUCUUCAUUAUCAAUAACUGCCAACAAAUCAAUCAUUGUAUUAGCCUACAUUAUGAUCAACAAUUCUCUUCGCAUUGUUCCAAAGCUCGAACCUUAUGGCGCAAAUUUAGUGUAUGUACCAGUUGCGUCACGUUCACCUAUUAAUCUCAGUAACUGGCCACUGCGUCGCAAUAUUAACAUAUCAAAGAGAAAAUUUCCAACUAUAACAUACCAAAUUCCUGGGGAUGGUAUAGAUAAUGAUCAGGACGGAUUAACUGACGAAGAAUAUUGUGGUUUUCUUUGGAACGACAACGACAUUACCGACAUUGAUUUAGACGGAUCUGUCAAUGAGGAUUGUAAAGGAUGCAGAGCUGGUGAAAAACUACUUCCCUUAUUUGUGUGUGAAGAAUGCGACUUUGGUACAUUUCGAGAGAAUUCUUCUAGGAUCGACGAAUGUAUAUCUUGCAACGAUAGUUUCACAACUUUUUACAGAGGGAGCAUCGUUUCAGAAGACUGUGUUCCUAUUUGCAGUGAAGGAAUGCAGCUAAAUAAUGCAACAAAGGAGUGUGAACUGUGUCCGGUUGGAUACUAUAAAAAUUUGACAGCAGUUGAUACAGAUCUGGAUGUCGCGGGGCGAUUUUGGUGCAAGAAAUGUCCAAAAGGUUUGACGACUUAUACUGUCGGAACCAGCUCGGUGAAAAAUUGCAUAGAACACUGUGUAGAAGGACAGUAUUUGUUAAAUGGAACUUGCCUGCCAUGCCAAAUAGGAUUUUACAAAAAUACAUCAAGCAAUAAUAUCUCCCUUCACGAAGAUCUUAGAUGGAACUGUACUCGAUGUCCGAAGGGAUACACUACUUUGUCGACAGGGUCUAGCAAUUGUACAAAAUUAUGCAAGAAAGGAGAGGAAUUCAAUGGGACGACAGGAUUAUGUCAACCUUGUGCCGUUGGAUUUUACAAGAAUAUAAGUGGUAAUCAGCUUAGUUGCUAUCAGUGUCCUGAAAAUCAUACGACAAGAGCCACCGGUAAAUCAUCUUUAAAAGACUGCAAACGCGCUAAAUGUCAAUGUCCAUGUGACAGAGUUCAUAAGAUAAAAAAUUACACAAGUGAAGAACUGGGAGAAGUCAUAGAACAGAUGAAGAAGGAACUUACCGUCAACAGGGAACAACUGUCCAAUAACGUCAGAAAAAGAAUCAGUAUAAUGGACAGACGCCCAUCAGCUACGUCACUUGGAUCAAUUGGCAUCGUCAUUAUCACCUUUAUUUUUGCCGUUCUGAUUGCAUUUGAUAUUGUGACCUUGAAAGAACAUAUUUCUAUGUUUUUUCAUAGUAUUGUGGAAUGUUUUCAAAGAAAUUAGAUGUGAAAUUGAGUAGUUGAGGAUUAAACUAAAAUCUCACGAUAGGCUAAAGAUUAUAAUAUCCUUUGCAUUCCUCGGUAAAUAAAUAAAGGGUGUGAUCUUGGUAAUUGGGUGAUGACAUUUAAAUAGGCAAUAAUAUACUUUUUUACAAUUUAAAAAUUUCUCAAUGUAUUUCACAGAUGCAUGUAGAAAGGCAUAAGCAUUUGGAGGGAUUGCCACCAACUAAAAAUAUAUAAAGUCUUCGUAGGAUAAGGAUAAUUUAAUUAUAUUUUCAUCAAUUUGAUUUUGCUUGUUCAGUUUGUAUCCCAUCCUUAUAACUCAGAGCAAUCAAUGUUAUUUGCUAGCAAUCAAUGUUAUUUGCUAGUUUCCGAUUAGAACGAAAAACACUUAAUAUAAGAUUUAUGAUGAUGUUGUUUAUAAUCUUGUAAACCUUGCCUUAACAUGUGUACUUACGACGAAAAAAUGAGCUGAGAAUUUGUGAGUUAUGUGAAACUUCUCCAUAAUGCAUCUUAUAAGGAAAUGGAUUGAUUGUAUAUUGUUGAACGUCCAACUCGAGAAUUUUUCACUCAU